AUGAGGCCGACGAUGAAGGCGCAGCACGGCAACGGGCGCGGGAGCAGGAGCCCCUUCCUGACGUCCUACGCGCUCACGCUCGCCUUCAUCACCUUCGUCUCCGUGCUCUACUUCAAGGACUUCUCCUCCACGCUGCACCGCCCCUUCCUCAACCGCCCGCCGCCGCACCCACACCGCCGCCCGCUCCGCCCCCGCCCCCGCCACCACGCCUCCGACUCAGACGUAGCAAGCCAGGCUGGGCGCCGCGCGGCGGUAGAGCAGCUGCCGUUCGCGGUGGGCGCGGCGCCGGCGGGGUGCGACGUCGGGCAAGGGGAGUGGGUGUACGACGAGGCGGCGCGGCCGUGGUACCAGGAGGAGGAGUGCCCCUACAUCCAGCCGCAGCUCACGUGCCAAGCCCACGGACGCCCCGACCGGGCGUACCAGCACUGGCGGUGGCAGCCGCGCGGCUGCUCGCUGCUCAGCUUCAAUGCAACUCUAAUGCUAGAGAUGUUGCGGGGUAAACGAAUGCUGUUUGUUGGAGAUUCUCUGAACCGUGGGCAAUAUGUAUCAUUGGUUUGCCUCCUGCAUCGAAGCAUCCCUGAGAGCUCCAAGUCAAUGGAGACAUUUGAUUCCCUUACAGUUUUCAAAGCAAAGGACUAUAAUGCCACCAUUGAGUUCUACUGGGCUCCCUUUCUGGCUGAGUCAAAUUCUGACGAUGCUGUUGUGCACCGUGUUGUGGAUCGAAUUGUAAGAGGAACAUCCAUUGAGAAACAUGCCAAAUUUUGGAAGGGGGCUGACAUAUUAGUAUUCAAUACCUACCUUUGGUGGAUGACCGGACAAAAGAUGAAAAUUUUGCAAAACUCUUUUGAAGAUAAAAACAAGGAUAUCAUAGAAAUGGAAACUGAGGAUGCCUAUGGAAUGGUACUGAAUGCUGUGCUGAAAUGGGUUGAGAGCAACAUGAACCCCAAAACUUCAAGAGUAUUUUUUGUCACUAUGUCACCCACUCAUACAAGGAGCAAAGAUUGGGGUGAUGAUACUGACGGGAACUGCUACAACCAGACAACUCCUAUCAAGGCUUUGUCUUACUGGGGACCAGGCACAAGCAAGGGCCUGAUGCGAGUCAUUGGGGAAGUGUUCGGCGCGUCCAAGAUCCCCGUGGGGGUUGUGAACAUCACCCAGCUCUCUGAAUACAGGAAGGACGCGCACACUCAGAUUUACAAGAAGCAGUGGAACCCGCUAACCCCGGAGCAGAUCGCGAACCCAAAGAGCUAUGCGGACUGCACGCAUUGGUGCCUGCCAGGGCUCCAGGACACAUGGAACGAGCUGCUCUACUCCAAGCUCUUUUUCCCCUGA